CCCAGAUAAGAUAAGACAGCCCUGCCUGUUCAACUUCACUUAUAUCACAAUACAGCAGCAUGUCUGAGGGUUUCACUGUAGGUGUAGCAUUAGGUAGCGUAGUCCAACACACCACAUAUUAACGUUUCUGUGCGAAGGGGCUGACAACUAAGUGAGGGAACAUGUGGCUGUCCAUGCUCGGGAUGACCGCCCUGCCGCACGUGGGAGGGCUCUGCGGCGGUUACAUCACACGCAAAGAGGUGAAGACCUGGUACCCGACCCUGCAGAAACCCUCAUGGCGCCCACCAAAUGCAGCAUUCCCUAUAGUGUGGACAUGUCUGUAUACAGGCAUGGGCUAUGGCUCCUACCUGGUGUGGAAAGAGCUGGGUGGUUUCACUGAGGAUGCACUGGUUCCACUGGGACUUUAUGGGCUGCAGCUCGCUCUGAACUGGAUCUGGACUCCCAUCUUCUUUGGUGCUCACAAGCUGAAAUUGGGACUCAUGAAUAUCGUGCUUCUCACUGGGGUCGUCGGAGCCACCAUGGUGUCUUGGUAUCCCAUCAGCCGCACUGCCACACUGCUGAUGGCGCCCUACCUGUCCUGGUUGUGCAUUGCCACCUCACUCAACUACUGCAUAUGGAGAGACAACAGUGAGGAGAAAGAAGAGUAGCCUUCUUUUUGAUGUGCGAUUUAUGAUGAAGAGUGUUGUAGUUACUGCUAGAACAAUAAAAACAUUUCUAUACAA